AAUAUGUUUUCGGAAUACUCAGCCAUUCCCCACAUAAGUAUUUUGUCAAAAUUUAAAUAAUAUUUUAGAUAAAUUAUAGCUUACAUUUCGAUGGAUUCGCGUAUAAUUCGAUUCGAACUUUCGAAAUAACGAUAACUGAUUGAAAAAUUGCAUCCAUGUGCGUGAUUUAGAGUGAAAAUCUCAUCGAAAAUAUGGAUACGUCAACAGAAGGAUCAUUCUGCGGAACCACGUUGCUUACAAUAGGUGAAUAUUACUCGAAAAUAAAUCUCAGCGGAUACGCAGAUAUCCCAAUAUGUUUUAUUGGAGUGAUUCUAAACUUAUUCAACAUACUGGUAUUCACGAGGAAGAAUAUGAUUUCACCAGUCAACUUGAUAUUUACUCAUUUGGCCCUCGCAGAUUUAGCGGUAUUAUUAGGAGCCAUACCACAUACCUGGAUUGAAAACAUUCAACACGGUGGUCGCAAAGACGAAGGAUGGACUUACAAUGAAGUAUUAGUUCAUAUAUGCUGUAAUGAUUUUAUAAUUACGUUUCACCUGGCAUCAGUACUCCUUACAGUGCAGUUGACGGUAUGGAAAUAUAUAGCGGUAGUGCAUCCGUUGAAGGAACGUUUAUGGUGUAAUAUGACAAUUACUCGCAAUGUGAUGACCAUUGACUACGUAAUAUGCGUUUUGCUCAGCAUACCGUUAUAUUUUUCGCGAUUCGUUGAAAGAAAUAGUACUACUGAUCAUAUAUACAGUUAUAGAAUUGCUCAUACGCAAGAUCGAAUUCUUUUCUCGUUACCACGUCUGAUAUAUGGAGUGCUGGGUGCAUUGGUACCUUCGAUUGUGCUAGCUGUGUUCAGUCUGAGAUUGAUUGUUACUUUACUAGCAAGAAAAAAAUACCAGGAACAAUCAACUCCAUUCAGAAACAUUGAAAAUAACGUGAGAAGUCAUAAUAGCACAAAACAAAUUGAUCGAUCAGUAAUGAUAUCGUUAACAGUCCUGAUAUUAUUUUUAAUCGCCGAAUUUCCACGAGGGAUACUUUUUUUUAUGGCGAUGAUAUACGAUAUUAAAUCCAGCGAGAUGAAUUACCGAUGUUACAAUUUACUCAUAUCGAUAUUUCUUUCCAUAGCUUACAUCAAUACUUCUGUUACGUUCGUAGCGUAUUACAUAAUGAGUCAACAAUUCAAGCUCACAUUUAAAACUAUGAUCUGUACGGGACUUCAAGGAAUACAAAGAAAUCAGGCAGAAGUUCAGAAAAUGAUUACUGUUUAGACAAGGCGCUGAGACCGUCGUAAAAAAAAAACGCAAACUGAUGAUAGUGUUGAUGGAUAAUAUAUCAAAUUUUCCAUUUCGUUGAUUGCAAGAGAAUUUUCGCACUUGAUAUUUGAAUAUUGGUUGCUUUUAUGUUUUUAAAUUUCUGUUCAAACUGCUCUGAUGACAUCA